AAAGUUUAAAAUAGUUGUAUAAUAGUGUGUGUGCGUGCCUGUGACCGUUCUUGUGUGCGUGUAUGAAUAGAUGCAUGUGAAGAAAACUAUAGCAACGUAGGGAAACUUAAUCCACAACACAUUCUGAAGCCUUCCGCACCACAAUAAGUGAGUGAAAAAGUGACUUAACCAAUCCAAGACCCAAACGAAAACUAUGAGUGACAGCCAGCCCACGGCAAAGGAGUCGAAUUUGAACUGCGAGUGUCCUGCUGCGUCAUCGACCACAUCGUUGAACGCCGCUGCUGCUGUUGCCGCUGCCGCUUGUCCCGCCAAUGUUGUGACCAUUCCAGUACCCAUUCUCCAAUCGGAGGGCACUUUUGUCUACAUCACCGUCAAGGGCUCGCUUCACGACUACACCUGUACCAUAUUCGGUUUGAACCAGGCCGAGGUACAGGCUCUGUCCAAGCGCUUCGAAAGCGGCGUCAAGCAGUGUGUGAAUGGUAUUAUGGUGGCAGUGCCACCCAUGGUUAUGUUGAACACAUUGGCCCAGCUAAGCUACAAAGUCGUCUGCAGUUGCGGUGAGGCCGAGAUCUGCUGGACCAUGCAACGUGAGGUCUAAUCAUUGCCCACAUCACCCCAAGUCGUCAUCAU